AUGAAGACGACUUAAGCACUCAUUCUUUUCUUAUACUAUGGAAGGAUCCAGUGGGUCUAGUUUCGGAAUAGACACUAUUUUGUCCACAACCAAUUCUGGCAGCUCAGUACUGAUGAACGGAGAUUUUCGCAUUUGUGACAGCAACAGAACGGCGGAUUUCAGGAGCCAGGCGACCCCAUCACCAUGUUCGGAGAUAGACACUGUGGGAACAGCCCCCUCAUCUCCUAUCUCGGUCACGAUGGAGCAUCCCGAACCGCAUCUGGUCCAAGAUAGCUUUCAGCAUCACCAUCACCAUCAUCAUCACAGUCAGGCUCAAAGUUUGCAGCUUUCACCCCAGCCUCAUCCGCUCGGGCAGGCCGGCUGUGCCCCUAGGACUGCCACCUCCUCCUUUCUAAUCAAAGACAUUUUGGGCGAUAGUAAACCGCUGGCAGCGUGUGCUCCUUACAGCACCAGUGUGCCAUCUCCACACCACAGCCCUAAAACAGACAGUGGAACCGGCCCGGACGGCAUCAGGCCCAAACUAGAGCAAGAUGAAAACAGAAGCAAACUGGAAAAAAGAGAUGACAUGCAGAGCGACUUUAAGUUUAACGGAACAAAAGAAGAGGGAGAUCGGGAAAUUUCCAGUUCCAGAGACAGUCCGCCCGUCCGCUCUAAAAAACCUCGCAAAGCGCGGACGGCUUUUUCCGACCAUCAACUGAACCAAUUGGAGCGCAGUUUUGAACGACAGAAAUACCUCAGUGUUCAAGACCGAAUGGACCUAGCAGCAGCCCUCAACCUCACAGACACACAAGUCAAGACCUGGUACCAAAACCGACGGACGAAAUGGAAGAGGCAGACGGCUGUCGGAUUAGAACUGCUGGCUGAAGCUGGAAAUUAUUCGGCUUUACAGAGAAUGUUCCCGUCUCCAUAUUUCUAUCACCCGAGUUUGUUAGGGACCGUGGACAGCACGACAGCGGCCGCCGCCGCCGCUGCCAUGUACAGCAGUAUGUACCGGACUCCGUCCACGCCGCAUCCAUCUCUCCAGAGACCGCUCGUCCCUCGAGUGCUCAUUCACGGUCUCGGGCCCGGGGGACAACCGGCACUAAACCCAAUACCGGGCACACCGCAUCCUCGGUAAAACUAUGAACAAACACUGAGAGACAAAUGUGUCACACGUGAUGUGAGGGACUGCGCUGAACUUUCUCAAGACGCAUUUCUACCUGCAGAAAACAUUGAGAGACGAUUUUAUCGAAGAAAAAGAUGUAUUAUUUAAAAUGGACCAUUUCUGACUUAGAAGCCAAUCUAAACCAGACGAGCCUGUGACCGUGACAGUAAAAGGACUGCUCAUUGUCAGAUUGUUUGUUUUGUUUUGUCUUUUUGUUUUGUUUGUUUUUUGGUACAAAUACACUUAUACUAGU